CAGUGUGGCAAAUGGGUUCGGCAAAUGUCUUUACUGAUUCGAUACGUGAUUUCAGCUAAAAAUCAUGAAAUAUCAUUUUGACUUGCUGGUCUUAUGUUCAGUCUCAUCAUGCACAGCAAAUGUCCACAUCACUGUCUUGUAAGUAUACGCACUGACUUUGCCACCAUGAUAGGUCUCUCGUUUUCCUAAAACAUUUUUUCACUAAAUGACCUCAUAGCGAUGGCCGAGUCCUCAGAUUCUGAUCGUCUAACUUGUAACACAAAUACAGGUCAAGGUCUAUAAUAUAACCAUUCCAAGCUCCUGAUCUGCUGGAAGGUGCUGGCUGCUGCAACACACCCGUAGAAGAAUGCAAACAAGUGCGAACGUGCAGAAAUUCGGUCCAUGACAAUCGAAUGCGAUCAGAGCCAUUUAGCUGCGACGAAGCCGGUGAUGGCAACCAUCAGGCUGGUCACCACGCUUGCUGCUGGCAGCAACACAGAAGCUGCUGAUGUUCCCAUAGGUGCUGGUGCCGGAGCGUGUACAUGGCCCUCGUGUGCCAAAGCUACUCCGAUGCUGGACACUGCCACAGCGGCGAUCAAAACCUUAGAGGCAGCUGAUCCCAUGGUGGAAGCCAUUUUACUGUCGUGUAAAUGAAAACGAGGGGAAGAUUUAAGAACUGGAACUUGAGAAUAGGUGUGGAAGAGGGUGAGGUGAGCUUCUUGAUCGAGCAGAGUUGUUGAGUGGUCGACGGAUUCGGUUCGGAAAAUGUUCGAUCACCGAACAACUCGACUGCGAAACAAGGUGAGGAAGGAGAAAAUGAAAGACGAUGAGUCCUGCUGAACAACCAAACUAUAUAUAUACGCGCCAGGCAAUCUUCAAGCCUUUGCCAACGGACGAAAAAUGACACUGUCCACCAUCGAUCCCUCACUCGUCUGGCUCUCUGGCACUUGUCUGUCGGUGAAGUGAAGCGAAAUUAAAGCCUUGAGGUCAGGGAAAACGAGCUACUGGUAUCUGUCAGCUUGCCACAGUCAUUCUCUUCCUUGUCCUUAGAAUUGCCUGCUCUUGUGAGGACCGCUUGAUUUGAUAACCAUCGAUAACCAUGAGCAUUGGCUUCUCAAACACAGAAAAGUCAACAACAGGCAACAUAAAUUUUCAUCAUAAACUAAUCGAAGCUCUCAAGUUACUGGACGCCGUCGACAUGGGAUCCAGUACAGGAAAUACUAUUCUGUUCAGCAUCAAGCAACUAUCACCUUCAAGCUCCUGCCUGAAAGAAAACAGAACUGCCUGUACAGGUCGUGGCUGAUUGCAUUCCAUUUUUAGGUGCCCAUGGUGUGCUCCCGGAGCUCUGCAACCAUUAUCACCGGGCUAUGAGGUUCCUGUCCUGUUAGAACGUACUACCUUUCUGGAUUCGAAGCUACUGGUCUGGACCGUUUUCAUCUGGACUUAGAAAAUGGCUGUUGGAAUGCUUGCUCACCAGGAACCAGGGAAAGGAGCAUUGACCGGGUUGAGCAUGAACACGGGGGGCGAAAUUGCUGAAGAAUGCAGAGAAAUCGAUGCAUCUGGAUCAAAACACGAUAUCUCCAGACACGGAAGUAAAGUAAAAAGAAAAGAUAAGAAAAGAAUGG